GCCACCUCCUCUCCUGACCUAUGAUACAAAAGAUCUUCCGGGGGCUGCACCUGCCUGCUGUUGCCUGAGACGGAUUGAAUAAUCUUAUCUUGGCUUUGGAUCUUAGAAGAGACUCACUAAGCAGAGAACAGACUCAGUGAGUAAGCAGGCAUUUUGGACAAUUGACUGGUUGAGCCCAUCCCUAUUAGAAAAAUGUCUCAGAACUACCGGCAGCUGGUGGUUGACUUUCUCUCCUACAAGCUUUCCCAGAAAGAAUACAGCUGGAAUCAGCUUAGCGAUGAGGAAGAGAACAGGACUGUGGCCCCAGAAGGGACUGAGUCGGAGAUGGAGACCCCCAGGGCCAUUAAUGACAGCCCAUCCCGGCACCUGGAGGACAGCCCCCCAGCGAAUGGAGCCACUGGCCACAGCAGCAGUUUGGAUGCCCGGGAGGAGAUCCUCAUGGCAGCAGUGAAGCACGCACUGAGGGAGACGGGUGACGAGUUUGAACUGCGGUACCGGUGGACAUUCAGUGACCUGACAUCCCAGCUCCACAUCACCCCAGAGACAGCAUAUCAGAGCUUUGAACAGGUAGUGAACGAACUCUUCCGGGAUGGAGUAAACUGGGGUCGCAUUGUGGCCUUUUUCUCCUUCGGCGGGGCCCUGUGCGUGGAAAGCGUAGACAAGGAAAUGCACGUGUUGGUGAGUCGGAUCAUAAGUUGGAUGGUCACUUAUCUAAAUGACCACCUAGAGCCUUGGAUCCAGCAGAACGGCGGCUGGGACACUUUUGUGGAACUCUACGGGAACAAUGCAGCAGCGGAGAGCCGGAAAGGCCAGGAACGCUUCAACCGCUGGUUCCUGACGGGUAUGGCUGUGGCUGGUGUGGUUCUGCUGGGCUUGCUCUUCAGUAGGAGAUGA